AUGGCGGCGCCCCAUGCCGUGGCCGGAGUGGAGGGAGGCAGCAGUGAAACAGGGCUGAUUCUGCCAGAAUCAGACACCGGAGAUGUGAAAAGACCUCAAUUCGGGACCCGGUUCCUCACAGACCCGCGGCAGGUCUUCCAACACAACGCAUGGGACAAUGUGGAGUGGACCGAGGAACAAGAAGCGUCUGCCAAGAAGAAAGUCUUAGAAAACAGUCAGCCACUGCCUUCAGAGAAACAAGAGGAGUACGACAGCCGGGCGAAUGAGUACUGGAACGAUUUUUACACAAUCCAUGAGAACCGUUUCUUCAAAGACCGUCACUGGCUCUUCACAGAGUUCCCAGAGUUGGCCCCACAGUGCAGCCUUAACCACGAGUCCCAUCCCGAGGUCUGUGGCACAGAUGACAGUCCGCAGGAUAGUCUGGAUGGAGAACAAAGAAGGGAAGUUGCAGCUGCGUCUCACACUGACGGUGACGUCCCCGGCUCCUCUGCCACAUAUCGCAUUCUGGAGGUUGGCUGUGGCGUGGGCAAUACAGUUUUCCCAAUACUGAAGACCAACAAUGACCCGGGACUCUUUGUUUACUGCUGUGAUUUCUCCAGCACAGCCGUGGAGUUAGUCAAGACUAAUCCAGAAUAUGACCCAGGGCGCUGCUUCGCCUUUGUUCACGACUUGAGUGAUGUGGAAGCCGAUUACCCCGUCCCCGAUGGAACCCUUGAUGUUAUAGUGCUAAUCUUUGUGUUAUCAGCGUUGCAUCCCAACAAGAUGCAGGCAUCCAUCAGUAGAUUAGCACGGCUGAUGAAGCCCGGGGGAGUGAUGCUGCUCAGGGACUACGGACGUUACGAUAUGGCACAGCUUCGCUUCAAGAAAGGGAGGUGUCUGUCAGAAAACUUUUACGUCCGAGGUGAUGGAACAAGAGUAUAUUUCUUCACUCAAGAUGAGCUGCAUGAGAUGUUCACGGAGGCGGGGCUUGAGAAAGUGCAGAACCUUGUGGACAGACGGCUGCAGGUGAAUAGAGGCAAACAGCUCACCAUGUACCGGGUGUGGAUCCAGUGCAAGUACCGCAAAGCUCUCGCUCAGCCUCAUGAGACGCCGGACCAAGACACAAGAGAGGACCCUUCUUGUUUGACCUUUAACCACAACUGAAACUAGAGGCUUAAACCCAGGGGGUGCUGGCUGUUUUCUGAGGAUGUAUGGAACUGAGAAGCUCUGCUGUGAUUGUGAUAAAGGGGACAUCGCUGGAUAGUUCAGUGCUGCGAAAGCCUCACACCAUCUCAGCUGCCAUAAUGUUGAUGGACUCAUUUUAUGGCGAGUGUUCCUGAUGUUGCCGCAAUUCUGGCUGCAAGAGUCACGAUUUCUCAUUUUGCGCUGAUGAGUUCAGUAAUGGCUGGUUACCCCUGUAUAAAUGUAUUCUGCCAGACGCUGUUUUUAACAAGCUGAUGUUUUGGAAUAAAUGGCAUGAUUUUUAAGAUAUCUUCAUGACACUUUUCUAUAUGCAAAAUGAAUAAAAAUGGAA